GCGCACACCUCGAUCAGGGGACGUCGUGCAAAACAGUUGUAUCUUUGUCAUGUUCUUCAUCAAAGAACUGACCCACACGAUCCUGCUCCACCCGUCCUACUUUGGACCGCGCAUGCUCCAAUUCUUGGAGUCCAAGCUGUACGCCGACGUCGAAGGUACAUGUUCAGGUCAAUAUGGCUACAUCAUCGCUGUUGUUUCGAUCCUGGACAUCGGUAGAGGAAUGGUCAUCAGUGGAAGUGGACAGGCAGAGUUUGUCACACGGUACCGUGCAAUAGUUUUCAAGCCGUUCAAGGGAGAAGUCGUCGAUGGUGUAGUGAAUAACGUGAAUAAGAUGGGUUUCUUUGCCGACGUGGGACCUCUACAAGUCUUCGUAUCACAUCAGCUCAUACAUCCCGACAUGAAAUUCGACCCUAAUUCUAACCCUCCAUCAUUCGCUUCGGAUGACCAGAUCAUCGAGAAAAAUACGCGUGUGCGAUUGAAGAUAGUCGGUACUCGUGUAGACGCCACGGAAAUUUUCGCUAUAGGGACAAUCAAGGAAGACCAUCUGGGCGUGAUCGAUUAGACCAAAAUAGCACGCGUGACUGCUAGUCUGCUAUCACCGUUACCCUCAGCCCUCGCUUGAUAACUUACUCGCACUCCAUGGAGAGCUCUCAUGGUAGUC